CCUCAGUAGUAACGCAGUUCUUGUGGAGGAAGCUCCUAUGACACACUAGCGAGCAUGCACCGAAAAUAUAUGUAAAUGGCGCUUGUCAAAAGGGAAUUAUAUCAGCGUUUGCUGUUCUUUGUCGUUUUUCUCUCAUUGUCAGGUGUUUUCGGCUUCAGUGAGUUGUUUUUCAUCAAGGAGCCACAUGAUGUCACAGUGAUGCGCAAAGAAGCCGUCAUUUUGGACUGUCAGGCCCAUGGAGAGACUCCUAUCGAUGUCCGGUGGCUCAAAAAUGGAGUGAAAGUAGUGGAGAAUGACCGUGUGUACCUGCUGUCCAACAGCUCCCUUUAUAUUUCGGAGGUGGAGAGCAGAAGAGGAGACAAAUCAGAUGAAGGCUUCUAUCAGUGCCUUGCACAAAACAAGUAUGGAGCAAUCCUGAGCCAGAGGGCCCGUCUUACAAUCGCUAGUAUUUCCUCGUUUACAAUCCAGCCAAGGUCCAUCGUGGUAACUGAAGGCUCAGUCGCCAGAUUUUCUUGCAAAAUCACUGCACACCCUCCUCCUAUCAUCACUUGGGAGUUCAAUCGGGUCACGUUACCCCUCGCCACUGAAAGAAUCACAGUCCUGCCCGGUGGUUUUCUUCAGAUCUACGGGGUGCAGCGGACAGAUGCCGGCAGUUACCGUUGCAUCGCAACCAACAUUGCUAGCCGGCGCCGCAGCACAGAGGCCACACUUAGCAUCACCGCAGCUCCCAGCCCCCAGCUUCCCCAGAGACCACGCAUCAUAGCCGGACCGCAAAACAUCUCUGUGUCCGUGCAUCAGAGUGCCACCUUAGAGUGCAUGGCCACAGGCAACCCCCGACCCAUCAUCUCCUGGAGCCGGGCUGACAGCAAGUCUAUUGAUGUUUACCACACCAAAGUGUUGGGAAAUGGCAACCUCAUCAUUACAGACAUCAAGCCCCAGCAUGGAGGAGUGUACGUGUGCAGGGCCACCACUCCUGGCACGCGAAACUUCACUGUUGCUGCAGCCAAUGUUACUGUUUUAGCGCCGCCUUCCUUGGUGGAGUGGCCAGAGAGCCUAACUCGUCCACGUGCCGGCACUGCUCGGUUUGUGUGCCAAGCUGAAGGCUUUCCAACACCUCACAUCACUUGGCUCAAGAACGGGGAGAGAAUUCACUCCAAUGGUCGCAUCAAGAUGUACAGCAGCAAACUGGUCAUCAACCAGAUCAUUCCUGAGGACGAUGCCAUUUAUCAGUGCCAGGCUGAGAACGAGCAGGGUUCUGUCCUCUCCAUGGCAAGGCUCAUCGUGGUGAUGUCGGAGGACCGCCCAAGCGCGCCAAGAAACGUCAGAGCGGACACUGUGUCGAGCUCCGCCAUAUUGCUGGCAUGGGACAGGCCGCUUUAUAACUCAGAUAAAGUUAUUGCAUACUCGGUGCACUACAUGAAAGCUGAGGGAUUAAACAACGAGGAAUACCAAGUUGUCAUUGGAAACGAUACCACUCGCUAUAUUAUUGAUGACCUGGAGCCAGCUCGAAACUACACCUUCUACGUUGUGGCCUACAUGCCCAUGGGAGCCAGUCGCAUGUCGGACCACAUGUUCCAGCACACUCUUGAGGACGUUCCCCUCCGUGCCCCUGAGCUGAGCCUCACCAGCCGAAGCCCCACAGACAUCCAGGUGUCGUGGCUGCCCCUUUCCGACAAGCUGAGUCGCGGCCGGGUCUCUGCCUAUCGUUUGUCCUACCGCACCAGUGCUGAGAGCUCAGUCUCUCAGAUGGAGCUACCUGGAGAGAAGACACAUUAUCUCCUAGAAAACCUUCAGCCUGACACCCUCUACCUCUUACGAAUCGCUGCCGCCACUAGCAUAGGAUGGGGUGAGCAGUCGGCCUGGACUUCCCACCGCACCCCAAAGGCAUCCAGUGCUCAAGUUCCUCUUUCUCCUGAGCUGCAUUUGGAGCCUUUGAACUGCACCACUAUUUUGGUACGCUGGCGACUGGCAAAGAGGAAUUCCGCCAGUGUGCAAGGCUACAAACUGUUCUACCAUGAGGAGACCCAGUCUGAGAACGCCCCGGUUCAACUGCGCACCUCGGAUCAUUCACACACCAUUGGAGGCCUCGACCCGCGAAAGAAGUACCAUGUGAAGCUCCUGGCUUACAACUUCAUUGGGGAUGGCUACCAGGCUGACCAAACUAUCAGCACCCCUGGAUGUGUCUCCGUUCGAGACCGCCUGGUGCCGCCUCCACCACCUCCCCACAACGUGUACGCAAAGACCAACAGUUCGUCUUCCGUCUUUCUUCACUGGGGCCGACCGGCCUUCACAUCCAGCCACUCGGUCAACUACACUGUCCGCUGCAACCCCGUCGGCCUGCAGAACGCCUCGCUGGUCCUCUACCUGCAGACGAAUGAGCAAAGCCUUUUAGUGCGGGAUCUGGAGCCCAACACCAAGUAUGAAUUUGCUAUCCGUCUUCAUAUUGACCAACUGUCCAGCCCCUGGAGCCCUGUGGUCUAUCAGAGUACCUUCCAUGAGGCUCCCACGCUGCCUCCCACCAACGUGAAGGUGACGCUGAUCGAGGAGAACACAGCGCUGGUGUCAUGGAAACCUCCGGGGGAAGCAAACUUGGCUGUCACACAUUACACGAUCCUUUAUGCCUCCAGAAAUGAGUGGCUGGCAGGGGAAUGGCAGGUGCUACAAAGAGAGGGGAGCAUCACCAUGGCGCUGCUGGAGAACCUGAAGCCUGGCCAGUUCUACCUGGUGAAAGUGUCUUCUUCCAACAAAAUGGGUGAUGGGCCCUUCUCUCAAAUGGUGGAGCUGACAGUGCGAGCAGAUCACACCUCUGGUCAUGAUCCUCGGCUGUCACGUGGCUCCACACACUCCACAGGCUUUUCCGAUGGCUACUACCACCUGGACCAAACUUCCAUGACAGGCAUCACCGUGGGAGUCUCCAUCGCUCUCAUGUGCAUCAUCAUCUGUGCUUUCAUUAUCGUGUGCAGAGGCAAACACAGGAAAUCAUCAGCUGUUAAAGUCAACAGGGGCGGAAGGAGCUCGCCCACCUCUGCUGCAGGACACCUGGGCUCAGAGGGCCCAGCUGAGGACGCCAACACGAGUGUCGCCAUGAUGAACCAGGACCAUUUCAUUGAUACUAAGGGUGGAACCAAUCUCAUCAUCAAUUGUCUUGGCCCAGUUCAUCCCAAUGCUGAGAAGAAACACAAAUGGUUUUCCUUCAAUAGCAAUGGCAACAAGGGUGUAAAAGAAAUACAGAAGAUGAGAUGCAGCACCGCCUCCUACCAGCCAGGCUCUACCAUUUUGACCUACAAAGAAGAGCUGUCCGUUGAUGCAGACCAGCCUGCCUCCCUGCAGGCUUUGCUGGGACGUCCUGGAGACUCGGAGGGGUCCUCCAAUAGCGAGGGCAGCAAUGCCACUGGGGACUCUGGCCGCUACUCGCACGACGAGACGGAGAUGACCAACCUGUCCGGUCCGAGCAGCCGACAGCCGUCUGUGACAGCGGAGGACAGUGGCGGAGGUGAAGAUGAAGAAGAUGACGAAGCGGGUCAGAUGGCGGAGGAGAGCGAUUUGAAAUUGGUGGAGGACCUCAGGUGUCAUCAGGAAGCUCAGAGAAGUUGCCGUUUGCUGUCCGUGUGUGAGGUUGUGUGAGUGUGUGUGUGCGUGUGUGUGUGUGUGUGUGUGGUGGUAUACUUGUAAUUAGGGCUUUACUGAAAUACUUGUGAGUAGCAAGUGUACCACAUGUUUGUGUGUGACUGCAGUGUGUCUGCGACACAUGGAAAGAAACAAAGAAGACACCUUUUUUUUUAACUUUAAAACCUUUUUUCUCUUUUGUUUGAAGCCUGCUCAACUUUGACCUUUUUAUCAGCUUUUCAGGCCUUUCCUUUUCACUCCUCUUUGUUUGUUUGUCUUUUAAAAAGAAAAAACUCACCCACCAUGAAUGUUUGCGAUUGUCAAAAAGCUUAUUUAAGAGUUUAUCACUGGAGUGAAAAGGGAAGCGUGGAGCCCUUUGUCACUGAUUAUCUACCUCGGUUUGCUCACGAGUCAAACCUCUGUUUUAUAUUUAAGAACUACCACGUUAUGUGACAUUACAUAACGGGUGAUACUUCCUGAUUGUCAUCCCAGUUUGUCAUUUUUUCCCCUAAUUUACUGGAACUUAAGGGCACUGCUGCUUCCAUUCCCUACUCUGGUACUGGAUGGAAAACACACAUUUGUCUUCUCAGAUGUUGCUGAGGUCAUGAGCCAGUAUUAAUAAGAGUUUUCUAUUCCAUUAUUGAGUAAUGGUGUGGGAUGCGAAUAAUGUAUGUUGUUUUAUGUGUUGUCAGUGUGCAGCUGCCCUUGCUGUUCUGUUUUUAUACUACCUCACAUUGAUUUGAUUGUCUUUGUUGGCUUUCCUAAACUCAGGGAACAAGGUUUAGUACAUUUGAAAAGUCAUGUAGUGUUACAUGGUGAACUGACAGGGUAUCUUCUCAGUACUAAGCUGUGUGUAAUUUGCCUAAUAGAUUUGCUAUGAAUGUAUUUCUGUGCCAGUAGCUCAGACUUCCCCUUUGCCUUUUUUUUAUUGUAUAUCUUCGAUCUCAACCUCCACAAGUGCAUGCAGUGUUACAUAGGUGCAGAAAAGCUUUGGAAUUGGCCUUAAUGUGGAUGCAUCUUUCAGGGGGUCGAGCGAGGCCUCAUUUUUCUCAGGUAGAAGAUGCAUUGCAUAAAGAGUGAUUGUAGUGAACCAACACAAUGUUUAAAAAUAAUAAUAAUCAGGGAUGAAAGUGAAGAAUCAACAUAACGUCCUGAAAAGCUAUAUUUUUAUUAGAAGCUUUGUACUACUGAGUACACAAUGUAGUUGAAUCUAGCUCCAGGUAUCCCUUUUCUUGCUGUUUUGCUGUAGAGUAGAUAAAAUUAGCACUUGUCUGCCAAGUAGUUUUGUAUGAGCAGGCCAAUGUGCAGUGGUGACUGACGCUAUUUACCCAAAGACCUGUUUGCCUACCUGACUUUAUUUUAUUGUAAUCUCUCAGCUGUCGAGGGGAAUGUGGAAUAAUCAAACACAUUAUUAGACCAAAGAUGAUGAUCAGCUGAGGUGAUGCUCCUCACAACAAAGCCUUGCACAUUAGUGGCCUUGAAAUACGACAAGUUGCGGGUAAAAGUUCUCCAGGGAGGUGCCAGCAGCAUUCACGGGCACCUGACCCAAGAUGGAGGGCAAUUACUAAUCAGUCUUAUGCACACAAAACAAAUGAUCCUCAUGCAGAUCUCCUCCAAAACCGUUGCAACCAGAUGUUUGUAUAUUAUAGGUGAAAUGAUAUUCUUAGAGAUUUGUGUUGCAGCGGUGCAGCAUUGUACUUGCAAAUGUGCACCCACUCCUUCAUGUUGUCAACACAAUCUAACCUAUUUGAUUGUGUAAUUCAAAUGUGAAAGGGAUAGCCAUUAAUCUGUUAUUGUUAAUAAUUAUGUUGAUUAUUGUGACAUUCAUUGUUGAUUAAUUGCAUCUUGAAGCAAUGGUGUGCACUACUUGGCUGCAACCAGUAGAGGCGCUGUUUAUAUCUCAACUAGUUUGUGUUCUAAAAAGAACAUGACAUCAUUGACAGUAUGGGACUGGUAUAGAAAGAGAUUCCCACAUGCCUUUAAAAAUAAUGUUUUCCAUUUAGUCUAUCAAGCAAAUUAGUCAAAUCACUAAUCUAUGGAAAUAAUUUAGCAUUUUAUGGAUAAAAUAGAGAUGAUUGCAGUUUUAUUUAGGAAAGACUGCAGAGAGGUCAGUGGGUGCACAAAUGUUCUUCCAUUGCUGUUUAUAAUCAGAGGAUUCCUGAAGAAGAGGAUUCAAUCAGGGGUGGGAUUUAGAGAGGAAAAGUGACACAAUCAGUUUGUUUUCAGGGGCAAACAUUAUAAACCAAAGAUGAUUUUAGAAAGGGUCACCGCUGCAUAUUGGCAAGAAGAGAUCAGUUCGAAUACAUCCAGCUUAUGUGUAAAUUGUUGUCGUUUUCACUCUCCUCAUGAAGAAUCGCUGUUUUUGUUGCCUGUUGUCAUUAAAAUUGAGCAAACACAUGAGCUGCUGCACUCAACCUUGCUGUAAGUAUUGUAAUGGUUCUCCUGAACUUCACACAGCUGCAAAUGUAGUGUGUUCUUUCUCCAUAUUUUAUGAUUCAGCUUCUUGUAAGUUGUGCAGUAUUUGGGUCAAUGAUGUUUGUGAGAGUCUGGUCAAAUGUCACUUGUUCACAUAAGAGAACAUCCUUGGAUGUCGUCCUGGUCUCUUCUCAUGUGUUCCUAUCCGAUCAUGUGAAUUUAAAGGGAUUUGGAGUUUUCAGUCUGCUAAUGGACUGACUUGCUCAUGGUCUCCCCAGUAAUAUGUGAUGACGAAAUCAAGUGUCGAGCGCCGUGGGUUAUUUUUUUUUUACAUAUUAACUCAGGUGGAUCCCGAGCUGCUCCUCCUCAAAAGAGAAAGUCAUGAAAAUUGAAUGUAUCGCUUGUAAUUAAGAUGCUUUUUGUUAAUGCCUCAUGUUUUGUCUAUUUGUCUUUGUCAUUAAGAAUUAUUUGAAAGGGUUUUUUUUUGCCUAAAGAUUUUACA